AUGCCGAAAGCACAUAAGUAUCCGUAUAUUUUAUAUUUGGCAAUAAAUAAUAAGCGUUGGAACGAACAGCAGCAGCUUGAACUGCUUUGUGUGAACGAUAAAUUGGAAUAUAAAUAUAAGCAGUGUAGUACACUCACAAACCUUCGAUAUUUAAAUAACCACACUAGUAUUCGCUUUAUUUCUCCAGUGGAACCCAUUACAAGAUGUCACUUUGCCGACGAGAAAUGCAUGAUCGAGCAGGCCCACAAGUUGUUUGAAAAAGCUGCCACAGGUGUGCCCGAAAAUGAUAUACCAGCUUUGGAGCCGUUGAAGUUGGAUAAGAUUGAAAUGUUGGGUGAUAAAAAUAGUGCUUUAAAAAUUGACUUGAUAAUGAACGAUGUGGAGAUACAUAAUUAUACGAAGGCGCGCGUUACAUCGAUCAAAGGCUUCAGCAAAGAUCUCAGCAAACCAAUGAAACUUGUCUCGCAAAAUAUCAAUCCACGCAUCACCAUCAAGUCGAAAUAUAAGAUCAAUGGGAAUAUACUUGUGUUGCCAAUUAGAGGUGAAGGUGAACUCACGAUGGUGUUGGACAAUUUAAAAACCCGCUUUUCGACCACACUCAAAGUGGAGGAGCGUGAUGGCAACCAUUUUUUGUCUGGGGAUACUAUUAAACUUGAAACUCAAAUGGAUAACGUUCACAUCGAUAUGACAAAUCUCUUCAAUGGCGACAAAACGCUCUCUGAGAGCAUGCUCCAGGUAAUGAACUACAACUGGCGUUUACUCAGUGAUGAUCUAACGCCAAUUAUCAACGAGGCAUUAGGAAAUAAAGUGAAGGAAUUGCUGCUGAAAUUCUUCAAAGAUAUACCGUAUGAAGAUUAUUUUUUAGCAGAUUAAGUGAGAGAGUUCGAAUAAAAAAAGUUAGUCAUUUUUAAAUUUAAUUGUUGUUGUAGUUAAAGCAUAACAGUGUUGAGAAGUUUGAGCAUAUUCACCACAAGUGAAGGAAAUAACUAUGUAGUCAAUCAGGAGAUAGUUUGACACAAAUGUUGUAUCGAUUGGAAAUUAAUUGCAAGACGAUAAGAGAAACAAUGCUUAAGUAAUUAUUUUAAUUAUUGCAAAAUAAUUAUUACUGUUUUUUUAUAACAAUUGGUAUGAACCAGCAACUAGAAACAUUUCCUUACAUCAAUUUUACUUAAGAUUUUAUCCGAUAAUUGAUUAUACAACAAUGAUUACCAAGUAGUGCAUAUUAAGCGUUGUUGAUUAGUAUGUAGUGUAAUUACUACUUGCAUUUGAUUAAAUUAAUCGUGAUCAGAUAAUUAUUUCUGACUGAUAUUAAAGUCACCUUUAAAGUAAUGAUUACUAUAGAUUGAUAACAAGUAAGUAAAUUUUAUUACUAGUUUUUGGUUUAUAAAUAUGAAUGCUGUAAACCUUUACAGGCUUGUUGAUUAAUUAUGAUUACAACUUAGUUCAGUAGGUAUAAUAUCUGAUUAGUUGUUAUCAUCAUUACAACUCCGGUUUUUGGAAUAAUUGGGAAAUAGACUUUUAAUAUAUUUUGUGACUAUUAAAUGUUUGAACAACUAUAAAGAGAAAA